CUCAGGAAUGCGCGGUCUGGCACCGCGCGGAGUCUCUGUGCGCGCCUUCUACUGCUGGGCGGCCGAUGCGUGAGGCUACUGCUGCUGCUACUGCUGCUGCUGCGGUUACUGCUGCUACUGACUUGCGUCUCUACUCGUUCCACGAGCAGCGUGGAAAGCCUUUGGUUGUGUGGCUUGGCUGGUGCAUGGGUAGGUGCCUGGGUAAGCGUGGUGGUGGGUGAUUCGGUGCUUGGGUUUGUGAGUGGAUUGGGUGCCUGGGUUGGUGAGUGAGUAGGUGGUUUGGUUGGUAAGUCGGUGGAUAUAUGGGUUGGUGAGUGGAUGAGUGGAUAACUGGAUUAAGUGAGUUGUUGGGUACCUGGGCCUGUGGGUGGGUUAAGUGAGUGGGUGGAUACCUGAGUUGCUGGGUGGGUGAGUGAGUGGGAGGGUGUGCGAGUGGGUGGCUGAGUGGAUACCUGAGUUGCUGGGUGGGUUAAGUGAGUGGGUGUGUACCUGGGUGGGUGAGUGGGUGUACCUGAGUGGGUGAGUGGGCACCUGGGUGGGUGAGUGAGUGGGUGAGUGUAACUGGGUGAGUGUACCUGAGUGGGUGAGUGGGCACCUGGGUGAGUGAGUGGGUGAGUGAGUGAGUGUACCUGGUUGGACGGGUGGGUGAGUGUGUGUAACUGAGUGAGUGUACCUGAGUGAGUGGGUGGGUGAGUGAGUGUACCUGAGUGAGUGGGUGAGUGAGUGGGUGAGUGAGUGUAACUGAGUGAGUGAGUGUAACUGAGUGAGUGUACCUGAGUGAGUGGGUGAGUGAGUGGGUGAGUGAGUGUAACUGACUGAGUGAGUGUACCUGCAAACGGAGGAUUGGCGAGCAUGCAGCACCGGGCGCGAGCCAGCGGUGCUCUGCUCCUGAGCGCGACAGCGCUGGCCCUCUUCUGGAUGCUGGCGAGGCCCGUGCAGGGAUGCGCAAAUCGCCAGGAGCUGCAAGUGGCGGUGCGUCAGCUGCAGCAGUCGCUGAGCGCGCAGGAGUCGCGCUGGGCCGACGGGAUGAAGCAGCUUCGCAAGCGGCUCUCGGGGCUGCAGCAGACCGUGAGCAGGGGGUCACGGCCCAGAGCAGUGGCCUCGUGCCCGCGGCUGGAGGCCCCUCCCAAUGGACAUCGCCUCGGAUCGAAGCACUCGAGUGGCCACGAAGCGCACUUCGUGUGCGACACGGGCUUCCUGCUCACGGGCGCCAGCACGCGCCUCUGCCUCGACAACGGCACCUGGAGCGGAGAGGCGCCCUACUGCCACAACGUCAACGAGUGCGCGAGCAGCCCCUGCCAGAACGGGGCCACGUGCGUGGACGACAUCAACCGCUACGCGUGCCUCUGCCAGCCGGGCUGGGCGGGCGCCGCCUGCCAGCACGCGACCCUGCCACUGGGGGGCCCCCCGUCCCCGCUGGAGGCGCCCCCCCCAGGGAACACGUUCAACCGCACGCCUCGCUGCGCGGCGGUCGAAGGCUCCCAGCACUGCAGCUGCGAGCCGGGCUUCCACCUGAGCGGGCGCGCCAACAGCCUGUGCCGAGACGUGGACGAGUGCGAGCUGAUCAAGUCGAAGCCGGACGCGCGCCUCUGCAUGCACGAGUGCAUCAACACGGCCGGCUCGUACCGCUGCGCGUGCCCCGCGGGCUACCGACUGCAGGCGGACGAGAGAAGCUGCGAGGACGUGGACGAGUGCACUGCUGAGCGGCACAACUGCUCGGGCUCCGCACGCUGCGUGAACCUGCGUGGGGGAUUCCGCUGCGUGAACCCCGAGUGCCCGAAGUCGAACGGAGACGUGAGCUACGUGAAGACAUCCCCACUUCACUGCGAGCGCAACCCGUGCCCGAUGGACAGCCGCAGCUGCCACCAGGCGCCCAAGACCAUCUCGCACCACUACCUGGCCCUGCCCAGCAACCUGAGCACCCCGGCCACGCUGUUCCGCAUGGGCUCCGCAGCGCCCCUGGGCAGCCGCGCCGCCAGCGACAGCCUCCGCUUCGGCAUCGUCGGCGGCGCCGGCGGCACCGAGGGUCACUUCAUGGUGCAGCGCUCGGACCGGCAGACGGGGGUCCUCAUCCUCGUGAGUCCCCUGCGCGGACCCCGGUCCCUCGAGCUGGAGCUGGAGAUGGCAGAGUUCGCCGACAAAUCCCUGCUCGCCAAGCACGUGUCCCGCGUCACCGUGCUCGUGUCGGCUUACGACUUCUAGGCCCCGUCGGACCUCCUCCGCCCCCCCCCCUCACCCCCCACCGCUUUGCUGCGAUAUUUCUUGCUGCCGUUGUUGAUGUUUGUUGCUGUUGUUGUUGUUGUUGUUUAUAGCAGCGCGGCUCCGGUUUUGUACGAGGCUCCUCUUUCAGAGUUCUGACUCCCCCCUCCCCCUUCCACCAACCGUACAACCGAGACUCGUCGAGGGGGCCGCGAAGAGCGAGGGAGGCCCCGCGGUGUGAGGGGAGUGGGGGGGGGAGUGGGAGGUGGGGGGGGUGGGAGGAGUGGGGGGGGGUGUCACCGCUGCAGAAUUCGAACCGCGCCGUCGACGUCGCACGCACAAAUGAGCGAGUUGAGACAUCACGUGGAGAUGACGCGGCGAGAGCGUUGCCCGCGCGGCGUCACGGCCGAUGUAUGUCGUGCACGACGAACGCGUCGUUAGCCCUGGCCCUACUUCGGCCCCCGAGUCGGAUGUCUUUUUUGAGACCUCGCGUAUCAUGGUUUGGUUCCAGCUGGGCACGGCAAACGGCCAAUGGAAAACCGCCCGCACCACGAGUGCCCUCUGCGCUGGCGCGGCUCGGUUGAGCCAGUGGGAAAGGGCUGAGAUCGUGUGUUGUGUUUCCGUUGGACAGCCAACUGGGGUCGACUCAAGUCGGCCUGAGUUGGCCUCAUUUACGUCCCAGAUUUCCAGCGGAGUGACAACUCGCAUCGGCUGAAAAUGUAGCAAUUCAACAAUUUUUCCGAGUUGCUAGAGUUACCACGCGAGGUGGGCAGGUCUCUAGCCCUAAAAUACAAUUUUCUAAGACGCAUUCGCGAGUCAGUGGCCAAGACCGCAUUGCUGACAACAUUUAAUGUCAAAUUUAAAUAUAAAAUGUAAUAAUUUAUCCGACUCCAAAGGUCUUUUUUUUUAAACAUACAUGGUGACGCAUUUACUCGCGGCAGCCCGAACUCUUACGGAGGGAAUUUAAGCCAGCCCGUGAAGUGAGUUGGGCCCCUUUAAAAUGCGGACCGCAGCAAAAAUUUGCGGACAAUUCGAGUUGACAAGAUACAUUACGUACAGAAACAAACGGCUGCGAUGGGAACUCGAGUUCAAACCCGAUGCACGUGGCACAUGAAAACUACAUGUGUGCAUUUGGGCAGGGUCGGCGGGUUAAUGCCGACCGGGGGAAUACCCUCCAGCCAAGUUCACGCUUUGGAGUGGAAGUGGGAAGACAGGUUUAGCAGUGUCGGGUGACGCGUGUAAGUGGAGUAAUUGACCACCACGCGUUAAAUGACCACCACGCGCACGCGUCACCCGAGACUGGAGUGUAGUGGAGGCACGAGCCGUGAACACUGUCAGUGAGAGGAGCUGGGGAGGAGCGGAACGGGAAUUCUCUCUCUGACUCUGGUCCACUACAAAAAUAAAAUUAAUGAAAGUAAAAUAAAAAAAAUCACGACAUUUCGGAGGCAACACAAGCUUCCGUCUUCAGGUGGAACCGUCACAGCACGAUAGCUGGUCCACUACAGUCCGCCUUUCCAUCUUCACCAAUGUUCUCGAACAUAAAUUCAGUCUUACACGCUACCCGCGCCCGAUGGUUAUUCAACACACCCCCACGUGACGUACAGAGUGCCGGUUCAGCUGAAGAUUGAGAUCGUGUGUGUGUGUUUUCGACGUCACGCAGAGGCGAAUCGAUGGAAUAUUAUCUGAGAUUGUUGACCAAUCAUCAGGCGCGUGUAGCGCAUGACGACUGCAUUUGUAAUUCAAAAUAAAUAAGCAAGACAACAAGCUGCGAGUGUCUGAUUAUUCGUCAACAAGUUUGUAUAUCUCCCUUUGAGCCUCUUCUCUGCGGGGCAGAGAGGAGGUAGAAGCUUCUCGCAGCCGCGACAAACUCUGUCUCCUCGCUUAUUGCAAGACGGCAUCGGCAGUGAAACUUCACGGCUCUGCAUCCAUUGCCCUCCACUCGACUCUUCACGCCCGCCACGAUCGACGUUUGCCAAUCCAAAGCAACACGUUGCACGCGUGUAUGGAACUUCUUUCGCACCGUACGUAGCCAAACCGUGCUCAUCGAGGGUGCAGGGGAAGGACAACGAACUCAGCACGAAAAGCAGUUAUACACGUAUGUAUAGAUGUAUGCAUGUUGAACUGCUUUCGCGCAAGAAGUUCAACAUACGUACGUUGGCGCACUAAUAACUGUCAAAUCAUCGUCAUUAUCAUCCUGUCUCCUGAAUCUCUUGAUUAGCUGGGAUCAGCUAAAACAGAGGCCAAUAAAUUAUGCGAGGUUUUAGGGUUUUCUGAGACGCUCACAGCACCGCGCCGUGAGACACGCGACGAUUCAACCUGAGCUGGGCCACCCGAUUAUUAUUAUUAUUAAAGUCAUCAAUCGCUCCGUGUAACGAUAAUGACUUUAGAUUGUAACGAGCCGCACGGCAUCCUCUCACUCUGGGAGAGAGGACGACUCGAAAGGCGCGAGGAGGAGGAGGAGCAGCAGCCACGCGGUCAACCGCCACCAGUCUCCCCAAGUUCUGCCGUCCUCUAUAUAUUUUUCAAGUGUUAUCGGUCGAUGAAUGCGUGUUUACAUGAUAGAGUACAAUUAGUCUACGGUUAGAAUUACGCGACUGAUGGGAAGACACGAUAACAGUUGUAAAGAGAGAGAAACAAAAACGUUUCACCUCUGUUCCCACGUGUGCCGCUGGACGGGAGGUGAUGGGCGGGGUUUAGUGAUGGAAACGGCAUCCAUCGGCUGCGUCACGCUGGCUGUGGCUUCGCGAGGCAGAAUGUGGG